AUGGCGAUCAGGAGCUCCUGCCAUGGCCUUCCUUCCACCACCGCCGUCCCAAGAUUCAGCACAAGGAAAAGCAAGGUAACAACACUGAGGCUCAGCGCCACAGCGCACAGCAGCCACGAGCACCCGUCCUCCAGCUCCGCAAGAUCCAUCAAGACGGUGUUUGAGGACCAGGUGAGAGGGGUGGUGUGCUACAGAGACGACGGCGGGGAGGUGAUCUGCGAAGGGUUCGACGAAGGGCCUCGGCUCGGGAUGCGGCUGCCGGAGAAGGCCUGCGGCCCAUGGCACAUGGGAAUCCGGGUCACUGAUUGCAUCGAGCUGUCGACGCUUCGGGUCUUGGAAGACGAGGAUGCUCUGAAAUGA